CAGACAGAGGAAAAAACACACAGAGCGUAUUUUUCUUGAGAGAAUCCCAACUCAGCUUCGCACCAGAUGGACCACUGAUGGCUGGUAGAUCAUAUGACGGCGGCGGCGGCGGCGGUGGCAGUACCCCAGGAGUCGCUCCUGCUCCCCAGCCAAGGAGAGGUCAAGCUGAUGCACAUCUGGCAUUUCCUGCUUCCUCCUUCCCAAAUGUCUUCCCCCCCCAAAGGUGCUCACACACACAUCUGUUCCCUGAUGAAGUAAUAGAGCUGUGAAAAAAGUCACAUUUCUACAGGUAUUCCUGCCCCGUGGUUAAAUGUUUCCAUUGGCCUGUAAAAACUUCCAGCUGCUGAGAAAUGAGGAGGAAGGAGAGAAAUGGGAUCCCAGAAAAAUGAUGAAGAGAAAGGCAGAAAUGUGACAAAGGAGACAGAAAAUAGAUGGUGCACAUGAAAAAUAGAUGUCUUUUGUUGUGCCUUGUUUAUGAUACGUGAGUUUAGACAGAGACAGACAGGUCCUGCUGCACCCCAAACCCUUCAUCCCCUCCAGUCCUCCCUUAUUAACUCACUCCACCAGCCCCCUCUUCCUCCCUUCGAAUGAACUCUUUUUUUCCUCUACGUAGCCUCCCCCAGUCCUGCCUUCCCCCCUUCUUUUGCCCUGUCUGAGGUUCAGUCAGAAAGAUAACUUUGCUGAGGCAAGAAGGCUGGAAAGGACUGACUUUUUUUUUUCUCCAUCCAAGAUAUUCAUUCAACUCAUUUAUGGAAUACAACAUUUUUGUACUUGGCUGAAGGGCCGAUUGUCCCACUCCACCUUUUUUUUUUUAAUCUCACUGACUUUAUUGGAUCUAAUUGUCUUUCCUGGAGGGAUAGCAUUAGACCUGAUUGAAGACUGAUUUCUGUGACAGUUUGGACGCUGGCUGAUGCUUUUUGCACUGGGGAGUUCUUUUCCUGGUUGCAUGGACUAUUUAAGGCACCUGACAGGAAACAAUUUUGAAUUUUUAUGACUAAAAUUACUUUUACAGACACUUGGAGUCGAUUAUUUAUUUACAAUUUUCCAAAAAGGCAAUAAACAAGUUGGUUUUAAAUCAGUUUUUGACAUUACUUUAAAGGAAUUCAUUUAAAUGUUGAUUUAGGUCAAGUUUUGCCUCAAAAUGCAAAAGAUCAUCAGAAGCACCAGCCUCUUGUGCAUGCUGUGGCUGCUAACAUUAUAUAUGACGUCCAAAAGCCACGGCCAGAGGCUGAGGGAUGCAGACGGAGAGCAGCCGGCGACCAGAGCUCCGAUGGCUGAGAAAGACGCGGUCUGCUACCAGGGAGGAUGCUACGCCGUUUUCAUCCAGACGAAAAUCUUCAGAGAUGCUGGGCGGAGCUGUCGGGAGCGAGGUGGGACGCUGGCGACGAUGCACAGCCAAGAGGAGGCGGGCGUGGUCCAUAAGCUGCUGAGCGCCAUGGAAGUACAGGGGGCUAGGGCGAGGCUUCAGCUCUGGAUCGGGCUGCACAGACCUCCACGCCAGUGUUCAGCCACUCGACCCCUCAGAGGAUUCGUCUGGGUCAAAGGAGAUCAGGAUGGUCAGUUCACUAACUGGCUGCGUGAAGAAAGCAGCGAGACAUGCCCGGCCCCUCGCUGUGUGGCCAUGUACGCCUAUUCGCGUGAGAGUGGCAGAGAGCGCAAGGAUAACUUCCGGUGGAUCGACGGCUCCUGUGGAGUGCCCGUGGAUGGAUUUGUGUGCCAGUUCAACUACAGAGAGAUGUGUUCCCCUCUGGAGGCCGAGGGCAGCGGCUCGCCCGUUUAUACCACACCGUUUGGCUAUGUCAGCACAACCCUAACCCAUGUACCUCAUGGGUCUGUAGCCGUCAUUCCAUGCACCGCUGACAGCUCAGACCCGUACGCUCCUGCCGAUGAGUCUGUGCUUUGCACUGAAAGAGAUGACAAUACGGUGGGCUGGAGCAAGGAUGCCCCCUUCUGCCUGUCCAGCGAAGAAGCAGAGACCCAGGACUGGUGUAGCUCCGAUCACAAAUGCGAGCAUUACUGCGAGAUCACAGACACAUCUUAUAACUGUUACUGCGCUGAGGGCUUCGUGUUAAACGCAGACGGCUACAGCUGCAUCCCUGACCCGGUGAAGGAACUCUCUUCGGACUCGGCCGGCCCCACUGAUCAGCCUCAAAUCAAGGAGGUUUGUUUGAAAAAGGGGUGCGAGCACAACUGCACAGAAACACAUAGUGGCGUCAGAUGCACGUGCCACAACGGUUUCCAAAAAAACCCAGAUGGACGCACGUGCUCCGAUGUAGAUGAAUGCUUACAGCAGCCGUGUUCACAACUUUGCGUCAACAUUCCCGCCACCUUUCACUGCACCUGCCACCAGGGGUACCAGCAGGACGAUGACGGCGAGUGCGUAGAUAUUGAUGAGUGUCUUGAUGAGAGCACCUGUGAUUUCAAGUGUGAAAACACUAUCGGGUCUUUCCAGUGCCACUGUCGCCCUGGUUAUGAGCUGAAUAGUAUAGGGGAGUGUGAAGACGUGGACGAGUGCAAACAGGGCUCACCAUGCCAACACACUUGCUUCAACGUUGUAGGGGGGUACAGCUGUGACUGUCACGCCGGCUUUUCCCUACAGUCAGAUGGAAUCUCAUGCCAUCCUUUCAGUUCCGAUGGGGAAUAUUCCACCAUGACCCCUGACCCCAGUGAUCCGGAUUUUGCUUGGUCUACCGUGUUCCCCCUUGACUCCAACUUUGAAGCCGACAGCAACUUUGAAGUUGAUUGGCUGACAGAACCACCGAAAGUCCCGUCACCUGGUAUUGUUCACGGGUCAGAUAAUGAUCUAAGUCAAUGGAAUGAUCUCUCACCUGGUGAAUAUCCAACAUCGCCAUCGCCGACACAAAGAGACAACAGAGACAAUGAAAUUGGGCAUGAUGCCAACAGAGAAAGUAAAGAAUCUGAUGAUGUGCUGACAGUUAAAACUGGAAAAGGUUCACCUGAUGGGACAGGGGAGGUUGAAGACAAUACAAAUGGCACCGCAGGUUUUGGAGCUGAAUCUUCUGCAGGCAAACGGAAACAUGACAAGGGUUGGCUGCUUGUGGCCCUGCUGGUGCCUUUGUGUGUGUUUCUUGUUGUGAUGCUUGCUCUGGGGAUUGUCUACUGCACCAGCUGUGCUGUGGAUAAGAGUCUCAGCUUUUCGGACUGUUAUCGCUGGGUACUUCCCACGACUCCCCCAACAGGAAGAGAUGAAAAAAGUCAAGCAUGAAACCUUAGAUCACUGUUUCCCUGGCAGUUAAGGACUAGUAACUGCAUCAAGAAUUUGGAUUUCUAAAACGCUAACUUCUUCUAAUACUUCCUGUCGCACAACCAUUGUAAAUAACUCACUCCCAUCUUGUUGUUGAAGUUCAAUAAAG